AUGAUGCUAUUUUCUGUUUUAUCGAUAUUACCUUCAGUAUUUGUUUUUGUCACUGGGGGGAAACUUCCUGAACCCGACGUGAAAAUCGAGGUGAUGCACAAACCUUUCCUGUGUUCACGCAAAACAAAAUAUGGAGACAUGCUUCUUGUUCAUUACGAGGGAUUUCUGGAGAGUAAUGGCACAAUGUUUCAUUCCAGCCGCAAACAUGGAGAUAAAAACCCUCUUUGGUUCACUCUUGGGAUGAAAGAGGUGCUGAAAGGCUGGGACAAAGGUCUGCAGAACAUGUGUGCAGGAGAGCGCAGGAAGCUGACCAUCCCUCCAUCACUUGCAUAUGGCAAGGAAGGACAAGGUAAUAUUCCUCCAAGCAGUACUUUGAUUUUUGACAUUGAGCUCAUGGAGAUCCGAAAUGGUCCCAGGUCACAUGAAUCUUUCAGGGAUAUGGACCUCGAUGACGACUGGAAACUCUCCAGACAAGAGGUGAAAGAGUUCUUGAAGAAGGAGUUUGAAAAACACGGCUACUUCCCUAAUGACACGGAACAUGACGUGAUGGUGGAGGACAUCUUCAAAAAUGAAGAUGAAGAUAAGGAUGGUUUUAUAUCUGCCAGGGAGUUCACCUACCUGCAUGAUGAGUUCUGAAGGACUCAUAUUUAUCUUUUUUUUU